AUGCCUCCCAAAGCGAUUCCGACUCCCGAGCCACCCAAACUGCAAUUCUGUUCCGAAUGUAACAAUCUCUUAUACCCCAAAAAUGAUUUGCUGACUGUUACCAAAGAGCAGCCGGGUGUGACGGAAGACCUUCAGACUGACCCCACCCUCGCACAUGCAGUGAUGGACUGUCCAAAUUGCCAACACAACGACGCGGUAUACUUUCAGGACCAGUCAAAACGCAUCGAAACACCCAUGACGCUUUCUACGUAUGUACCAACUGUAGCCAUACCUUUAUUGAUCCAAGCUGGAAGCGGCGCGGGGUGGUGA